UGAUCAGCUGUUUUGUCCAUACUCAUUAUUUUCGUAAUAUGGAAAGAAUUCCGAAUUAAUAAUAGGCAUUUAGGUGAAGAUACUGAAGACUAUUGAAUCUAAAAAUUUAUUUGAAUGAGUAUUUCUGAAAAAGAAGUGACUUUAAUUUAACUUGAAUUUAAUUUUCAUUUAAUAAAUAGAAUCGGAUUGUAUUUAUCGAUUUUAUAUUACUGUUUAUUUAUUAUUUACAGUUUUUAAAAAGUAAUUACGCGUCUUUUUCUAAAACACAAAAACUAUUUCUAUAUAAAUAUGCACAAAUUAAAAUAUUUAGUAUCAUUAUAUUUAUUUUCAAUGCUUUUACCAUUCAUCGCGAGCAGCGAGGGCGAUCGAUCGCCUUUUUAUCAAAAUUGUGUUAAAAGCUGUAGCAAAGCGAACUGUACCUUAGAUGGAUCAUUUCAACCACAGUCAGCUGAACUCCAGGAUAUAUGGUGCCGUUGGCUCAAAUGGGACUGCAAGGAUGACUGUCGUUACCACUGCAUGUGGCGAACAGUGCAAGGAUUUCAAGAGCGGGGUUAUAAAAUGCCUAAAUUUCAUGGCAAAUGGCCAUUUAAGCGAAUACUGGGCGUUCAAGAACCUGCGUCUGCUUUUGCAUCUCUGUUGAACCUGAUGAGUCACAUUCAUAUGUACUCGGAUAUCAGAAAGGAAUUUCCUAUUAGAGACACACCACUGGUCCUAUUCUGGCAUGUGUUCGCUUUAGUCUGUAUGAAUGCCUGGACCUGGUCUAUCAUUUUCCACACUAGAGACAGUCCAUUCACGGAGUUCAUGGAUUAUGCUUGUGCCCUGUCUAUGGUGAUGAGUUUAUUUGUGGCAGCUAUUAUAAGAAUAUUGCACAGAAGGAGAAAAUUAACAGCCGUCAUUCUUCUCAUCACUCUGCUGUACUACGUGGAGCACGUACGUUAUCUGUACUCGGGAAGAAUCGACUACGACUACAACAUGCUUAUUAAUAUACUUUUUGGUGUGGCGGGCUCGUUGCUGUGGAUGGUGUGGGCCUGCGUCCAGUACCUGGCGGGCCGGCACUACGUGUGGCGGCUGGUCGCCUUCACCGUGUUCUCCGGGGCGGCGCUGACGCUGGAGCUCUUCGACUUCCCCCCAAGGAACGGAUGGGACGCACAUGCGCUGUGGCAUUUGAGCACCUCAUCGCUACCGGUUCUUUUUUAUAAAUUUGUCAUACACGAUAUCAAGUUCUUGAAGACGACGUUCAACAUCGAGAAGAGUGCAUACAAAAUAACCUAAAUGUGCUUAAAUCCUUCAUUGACACCUUCUAUCAAUUUUGAUCUCAACUGGGGCAACAAUUACAAAUAUAUUAAAGUAAUGAAUAAUUUCAUAUCACUUUUAACGAUACAUGUUCAGUGUUACGAUGUGUUCAGAAAUUUUAUUUAUCAUUAGUUUUAGAUCGACAAAGUACAUGUUGCUAUUGUGUUUUAAAAGUUAUAUUACUUAUAAAAGUAUAUAGUAGUAAUUAUAAUUAAGUAAUUUAUUGAUGUAAAAAUAAAAUC